UACCCAAUUCAUUACAAUGUCCAAAGGAAAGUCCAAAACAUAUCAAAUUUGAAAAUUUUUGGAAAGCACACGUCAAAAUUCUCGAACAUUUGACCAAUAUACCAUCAACAAAGUUCGAAAUCAUCAUCCCAAAUGGCUCUACAAGCCACGAAAUCUUUCACAAGCAAGGUUUUCCAAAAUAAAAACAAAUUUUGGAGAAGUCCAGGACAAUUAGUAAAGCGUUGUUCGUCAACAGAAUGGGAUAACUUAAGUGAAAGGCCGAAGGAGAAAGUUACUAAUAUGCCUCCUAUGAGUGAACCUGUCAAAGGUCUUCCAAAGGCUAUUUACUCCAAUUAUAGAGAAGAUAAUCAACAGACAGAAGUUACCACAUUAUCAAAUGGCUUAAGAGUUGCAUCCGAAAAUAGGUUUGGAGAAUUCUGCACAGUAGGAGUUGUUAUUGACUCUGGAUCUCGAUAUGAAGUUGCAUACCCUAGUGGCAUUUCACACUUUUUAGAAAAAUUAGCUUUUAACUCUACCAAAUUUUACCCAGAUCGUGAUGAAAUGAUAAACAAAUUAGAGAAACAUGGAGGUAUCUGUGAUAGCCAAGCAUCUCGCGAUACUUUUAUUUAUGCAGCCUCUGCAUACACAACAGGUUUAAAUGAUGUUAUUCAGCUUUUGGCUGAAGCUACUUUAAGGCCUCAAAUAACUCCUGAAGAAAUUGAGUCUGCAAAACAAGGUAUUAGAUUUGAAUUAGAAACGUUACUUAUGAGACCUGAGCAAGAAACAAUAUUGAUGGACAUGAUUCAUGCUGCUGCAUAUCGAGAUAAUACUCUGGGCCUCCCUAAAUUAUGUCCACCACAAAACUUGGACAAAAUUGACCGAGAAACAUUAUUUAGUUAUUUAAGCCAGCAUUACAGCCCAAAACGAAUGGUAGUGGCCGGAGUCGGAGUAGAACAUAACAGAUUAGUUGAGGCAGUUCAGAAAUAUUUUGUUGAUGUUAAACCUCUCUGGGAUAUGGAGAACGUUAUUUUAAGGAAACAAAUUUCUGGGAUUGAUAAGAGCAUUGCUCAAUAUACAGGUGGAAUAGAACAGGAGGAAUGUGACAUUCCCCAAUUUGCAUCAGCUGGUCUCCCAGUUUUAUCCCAUAUUAUGAUUGGAUUAGAAAGUUGUUCUCAUCAGGACAAAGAUUUUAUUGCACUGUGUGUAUUAAAUACAAUGAUGGGUGGUGGAGGGUCUUUCUCAGCAGGUGGACCAGGUAAAGGAAUGUAUACAAGAUUAUACACCAACGUGUUAAACAGAUAUCACUGGAUGUAUAGUGCAACAGCAUACAAUCAUGCUUACAUUGAUACUGGCCUGUUUUGUAUACAUGCUAGCGCUCCGCCAAACUAUGUGCGUGAUAUGGUCGAAGUUAUAGUAAAAGAAAUGGUGAAUAUGGCUGGAGAAGUGGGAGACCAAGAACUAAGGAGAGCAAAGACACAAUUACAAUCAAUGUUACUGAUGAAUCUAGAAAGUAGGCCGGUUAUGUUUGAAGAUAUUGGUAGACAAGUAUUAGCGAUGGGCCAUAGGAAACGUCCCGAGUACUUUAUAAAAGAAAUAGAAAGAAUAACCAAAGAUGACAUAGUGCAAGUCGCAAAAAGGCUCUUAAUGUCACAACCCAGUGUUGCAGCUAGGGGAGAUCUGAGAAAAAUGCCUUCUUUAGAAUAUAUUCAAGCAGGUCUUAUAGAUAGCGAAGGAAAAAUACCCAGUGGUCGAAAAUUGUCACUUUGGAGAUAAUUUUCUUUCAUAUAGGAAUUACAGUUGGUAACUUAACCCGUGUAAUAUUGUGUGACAUCUAAUAAAGUCUCUAAUUUUUGUACUGAAACCAAAUAAUUUUACAACUUUGUAAUGAAGCUUGAAAAAACCAGUUAAAUUAUAUGGAUCUUGUCGAUACCUUCAAAAAUCACCUCGUUUUUUCUCUUGAUAUGAUAUAUUUAAGAAAAUUAAUGUAAGUUUUGUGUAUAUAUUUAGGCUAUAUUCAAAAAUAUAUAAAUUUAAUGU